AUGGAGUCCAAGGAACAACAGCACCAACAGCAACCACACGACUCGGACCCGUUGACGCUCCGUCAAGACAGCGAUUCCACGCCGCACGACUCGCCCGACGCACCAUCGUCGGAAAAGCAGCACGAUGACUCGCAGCCCCCCGCGCCGCCCAACGGCGGCGUAAAGGCCUGGCUGCAGGUCGCCGGCGCCUGGACCAUCAUGUUCAACGUCCUCGGCCUGCUCAACUCGUACGGCCAGUUCCAGAGCAUCUACGAGACGGACAUUCUCAAGCAGGAGACGACGUCGACCAUCGCCUGGAUCGGCUCCGCCCAGUUCCUCGUCUGCUACGUCGUCUGCAUCUUCACGGGGCCGUUGCUGGACACGGGCCACCUGCACCUGCUGCUCGGCAUCGGCACCGUCGUCACCGUUUUUGGGCUGAUGAUGGUCAGCCUGUGCCAUACCUUUUACCAGUUCUUCCUCGCCCAGACCAUUGUGACGGGCAUCGGCUUUGGCCUCAUCUUCCUGCCGGCGUCGUCGGUCGUGUCGCAGUGGUUUUCGACGCGCACACCCCUCGCCAUUGGAAUCUCGGUGAGCGGAUCGAGCAUUGGUGCCAUUAUAUAUCCCAUCAUGCUUCAACGCCUCAAAGGAUCGAUUGGAUUUCCGUGGACGGUACGCAUCAUGGGCUUCAUGGUCCUCGGCACCAUGCUCUUCGCCGCUGCCGUCAUGAGAGUCCGCGUUGGGCCCAACCCGCGAAAGCGCAAGGUCAUCGACCUCCGACACUUCAAAGACAAGCUCUACCUCAUCGCUUGUCUGAGCUUCUUUGUCAACUUCCUAGGACUCUACGUCUUCUACUACUUCAUCUCCCUCUACGCCAUCGAAGUGGCCGGUGCCAAGCCGAGUCUGGCCAACUACCUCUUGCCCAUCCUCAACGGCGGCUCCUUUCUGGGCCGUCUGAUCCCCAACUGGAUCGCCGGGCGCUACGGGCUCAUGAACGUGCAGAUUGUCUUUGGCAUCAUUUCCGGUGCCAUGUCGUUUGCUCUCUUGGGCAUCAAGACCCCCGGCGGCGUCGUCGCGUUUGCCGUCAUCUACGGCUUCGUGUCCGCCCCGUAUGUCUCUCUUCCCAUCCCGAUCGUGACGAGCCUGUCGCCUGAUAAGAGUGUCUGGGCCACGCGGCUGGGCAUGAGCUUUGCCAUUAUUGGCCUCGGCGCCCUUAUCGGCAGCCCUGUGGCGGGUGCCAUUCUGGGGAGUAGCGACAACAGGAACUGGACCGGUAUGAUUGUGUGGUGUGGUGUCAUGUUCUUUAUCUCCACUGCCAUCCUCACUACUGUGCGGACGAUGAAGGUCGGGUUCAAGCUAUUUGUGAAAGCUUGA